GAAAUGGGCCGGAGUCUUCAUUUUGUCACUUAUCAGCUACCUUGUUCCUGCAGAGAAAUUCAGAAGCCUGCACAUGAACGUGGGAAGAAGAAGGGGGAAAAGGAACUAUGUGGACGAUGCAGAGAGCAAUUAAGAGAUUCCAUACAGCCGUGAAUGCUCCACGCCUCACCAGAUUUUCUCUCAACGCGCCUAAAAAUGUAGAGGUGGAAUAUGCAAAUGGUAGCAAGUUUGUUUUGUCAGCUGAAUUUUUGAGAAUACACAGCCCUGCUGCUGAUGGGAAGAUUAGGUCAAUUGGGGGUGAAAAGGUGAUAUUCGGGCGGCGUCACGUUGGCAUCAUGUCUGCAGAACCUGUAGGAAACUAUGGGAAUAGUUUUUGAUGAUUUGCAUAAAACCGGAAUCUAUUCGUGGGACUAUUUCUAUCAUCUUGGAACCAACAAGUUUGCUUUCAUGAGAGAUUACAUAAGAACACUGGAAAAGCAUGGACUCAGCCGGGAUCCAACUAGAAAGAAAUGAUGUGAACUUGGAUUCACUUGGAUGAUUCCUCACUUUGACAUUGAGAAAUGAACAACAUACAAGAUUCAAUCUUGCGCUUGUUAAUCUUUUGAUCCUCUCAAAAUUUUGGUAGGUUGUAGAAUUCAGAUUGGUGGCUAAGCGCCUAUAUUCUAUGCUAAGAGGCUGUGGAGAUCACGGAUUCAAACUUUCAAAUCUUGUCUUAAAGAGAAAAAAAAACACUCCCAUCCUUACUAUCAGAACACAAAUGCUGGGUAUUUAACGAAGGACUUUGUAGUUUAGCAUGGUGAAGUGGCAGCCAUGGGUCUGAAUCCUUUGUGCUAUGGAUAAUAAACAUUUUUGCUUGUAUUUUUGUGAAAUUGAAGUGGUUGAUUAUUAAUGAUAAACCAUCACAUAGGUUUGAA